AUGAAUUUUAAUAUCAACAUCAAAAGUCCCUUGAUUGAAGAAUUUUUUGGCACUUUAAAUAAAGCUGAAUAAAAUUAUGAUCAUCUUGAUUAUGAAUAAAUUCAAAUAAUUUCAAAUGACAAGUUUUCACUCUUAAUGGUUAAAACUAAUUUUGAUGGAGCUUUAGAUUAAAGAAUCGAAAUGGCUGAAUAAUUAGUAAAUCAUUAGAAGAAGAUCAAUCAAAGGUUAAGAAAUCUUGGUUUGAUGGGAAUUCUAGUGGAUAUUAUAAAAUACGAGAUUAUUAAUAAUGAUGAUGAGGUGUUGAUAAUCUGCAAAACUAUGAGAAUGUCAAAGUAGAAAGGGUUGGUGAAUUUAGGUUUAGCAAAUUGCAUUGAAUUUUACACAGGCCUCGAUCUAAAGGGAGUUCGGUAACAGAUUGUUAUGCAUAUUGAUGAUCUGGGGAUGAAUAAAAUUAUGCCCUUUACAUAUAUGGAGGGUAUUUUGAAUGAGGAUAAUUACGAAUUAAUAGCCAACCUACCCCAAGCUGAAUAAAAUAGUAUAAUAAAUCAAAAUGGCAAUGGAGCACAUUUCUCAAAGCAAUCUUUAAUUGUAAUAAUAUAUAAUGAUCAACUUGUUUAAUUCAAACAAUUAAAUGAAAUGUAAGACAUUCACAUUUUAAAAUAUCUGGAGUUGACUUCUGGUGUAAAAAUAAGCGAUUUAAUAAAGAAAAGCAGGACAAAUGUUAUAAAUGAUAAAAUACAUUACCUCAACUAAGAGGGUGAGACCGUAGCAGUAGGGGAUGUAGGAGAGAAGGGAAACAUUCAAUUGAAUAUUAAGAUAAAAUAAUAAUGCUAUACACUCACAGCAGAGUGGAACAAUAUGAAAGAGUUGAUUGUAAUUUAUUUAUGAUUAAUGAGAAUUAAAGAAUAGAUGGAUAGUCAUUUGAGCAGCUUCCCAAAAAUUUGUUUACUCCCAUAGAUGACGGCAUCCUGAGUUAUUUUAACCAUUAUGAGUUUGAUCAAAGAGGGUAUUCAUUAUCAUAAUUGUCUAAGUUCUUUAAUAUUUUUAAAUUGUUCUCUUAAAGGUGAUGUGAAGAACAAGGUUAUAAAGAUAAAUAAAUAGAUUAAAAGAUAAAUUUGGUUCAUUGCUUUGAAAACUAUACUUACUAUUCUAUAAGUUAACAUAUAGAAUGCAAUUUAUUAAGAUUAAAAAUUGUAUUUGAGGACAUUAUGCAAACUAAAUCAAAAGAUUCCCAUUACUCAAGUUGAGAUACAAGCAGAUCUUAAAGAAGAGGAUUUUAAUCUAAUUUUAGAUCAAUGCAAUCUGAAUCCCCAUUUGGAGUCAUUAAUACUUGAUGGCUCUUUAUUUAAGGAUGCUAUUCUCUCUGGGCUUAUAUAAGGAAACAAUUUAAAAACAAUUAAAGAAUUAAGUUUUAAGGGAUGCCCAAAUAUCACUGAUGAGGGUAUUUCUCUCUUGCAAAAUUUUGGAGUUUAAAAAUUAGAUUUAUCUCAUACAUAGAUCUAUUUAACAGUGCCUUAAAAUCUAUAAAUUUUAAAUAUCUCUUAUAGCAAAUUCAAAGAAGAAACAUUGCUAUAACUCUUUAGAGAUAAAUCUUUGGUGAAUCUAAUAUCCAUAAACAUUAGUGGAUUGGCAUCUGAUAAACUUAUAUAGGUCAUUUUUAGUUGUCAUUACAAAGAAUUAAGAUCACUUAUAGCUAAUGAAUGCAAACUAUCCUUAUCUGUAUUUCAUCAUAUUCACGAUUCAAAACAUGUAAAAUAGUUGGAUCUAUUGAGUUUUUAAGGUUCAAUUACAGAUGUUGAGGAAAGCAUCUUUAAAAAAAAUGGAUAUGCAUUGUUAGGAGCAAGCAAAACUAAAAUAAACAAGUUGGAUCUUGCUAAUUGUUUGAUUAAUGACAAAUUGAUUCAUUAGAUGGUUGAAGCUGGAAAACUACUUAAGAAUCUUAGAGCAAUUUCCCUAUCUGGAUGUAGAUAUAUAUCUGACAAAUCCAUUUAUUUAUUGUGUGAUGCCCAUUAUACGUUAACUUGCCAAUUGAAAAACUUAGACAUAUCCAAUUUACCAUAGAUAACUGAAUCCUCUUUGGAGUAUUUAACAAAUAAACCUUUGAAAAAUUUAUCAGAUUUGAAUCUGGCAUAUUCUACUUAGAUUUAAGCUGAACAUUUGAAGAAGGCCUUCGAUACAGGCAAAUUUAACUAACUAAAAUAUCUGGGAAUUAGUGGCACAAGUGAAAGUGGAGGAUAAGCUGAUAUAUUUAAAUUUAGCAUACCAGAAUUGUGCACAUAUUAUAUCAGAAAUCACUUAUCUGAAAUUUAAUUAAUAGAAAUUUAUACAUCAACAAAAAAUAUUUAAAAUAUAUCAACAGCAGUUUUAAAUUUAUUGUAAACUUAAAUUCUUACUAAGAUAGUAACUACAGAUUAAAUUAUUUUAGAACCAGAAACAUAUGACUUAUUUAAAAGUUGUGUUGGUUGUGAACGAUUACUUUUGAAUAAUAAACCACUUUAAUUGGAUACUUAAGAUAAAUCUGAAUAAUAGAACUAACUUACUCCUAAUUAAUUUUAUGAAAGAUUACUCAAAUAGCAUCAGCAGGUAUUGAUAAGCAACUCUGAGAUAAAAUUCAUUAAAUUGAUGUUCAAUUUUUAGACAAUUACUAAAAUAUGCUUUAAAAAAACUGAAAUUAUAGAUAAGGAUAUACUAGGCAUUUGUUAAAAUUUGAUUUUAACUGAAAUCAAUAUUAAGAAAUGUAAAAAGCUAACCUUUAAAAGUCUGAUCUACUUGUAGAAGCUUUCAGAAACUUUGAUUAAUAUAGAUUUUAGAGGAACCAUUUUUGAAAAUUUAUAUUAAACUCUAGAACACUUAUAGUAUUUUCCUUAACUUCUUUACCUCAAUGGAGGAAAAUUAAAUAUUGAAAUGUAUUUUUUAUUAUAAAAAUAGUAUUAAUGUAACUGAAACAAAUCAUGUGAUAUAAGAAUUGCAACACUUACCAACACUUUGGAUGUAAUUAGAAUAAAUUAAGUCCUUUAAAUUAACCAUACGUGCUCAUUAUAUUUAAACAUUUAAAUUCAUCUUUAAAACUCUGUCUUUAUUACUUAAUAAAAAUUAAGACUUUAUUAAAUCAAUGUCUUUGCAACUUUAUCAAUUCAAAGUCAUUCAGGACAAAUCGCUUUAAUUGUUUCAUAAUAGUUUAUUAAAUUUAUAAAUUUUGCAGCAUUUUCAUCUUGGAUUCCAAAGGUAAUAAUUGAUAAUUAAUAAUUUAGUAUGAAAAAUAUCUCGCUUUUGACUUUAAAAAAUAUGUUUAUAAGUCUUUCUAAUUUAGACUCUCUUAAAUCACUUUCUAUCAGUUUGGAUGAGUAAAUCUUAUAUAAUAAUAAUUAGUUGCGAGUUAUAAUUUGUAGACGAAGAUCUGUUUUUGGCAUCAACUGUAUUUGAAGGAAUCAAAAAUAUGAAGCUAUAGAGAUUUAGUUUUUCAUCCAAUGACACAGUAACUUAUGAUCAAUCCAUAUUUUCCAGUCUAUUUAAAUAUAUGUCAGAUAUUGAAUCAUUAAAGUAGGUCAACUUAAGUUUUCAAAGGUAUACAAGUGAUUAUAUUAUGAUUAGACAUGCAAUUAACAGGGAGAGCUUAUCAGAAUUGUUUUAGACUUUGAAGGAAUUGAAUUUAUAAAGUUUAAGUCUGAAUUUCGAAUAAAGUGGGAUUAAAUACACAAGAUAGAUUUGGGCAGAAUUAUUAGAGGUUUUAAGAAUGAACUAUAGCUUAUUGCAUUUAGAACUCAAUUUUAAUCAUACAUUUGAAUUGACGGACAUGGACAUCCUUAACAUUAUCGACGAACUGUAUUGUAUGAAAUUGACAUCAACUUGUGUAUCAUUGAUAGGGUAUUUGGAAUUAAUAUUUUAGUUGCUAUCAUAAUGAGAAGAGUAUUAAGGAGUUUACAAACGAGGAUGUCAAGAACUAUCAAUUUUUUAUAUGA